UAAAGCCAUAUAAGAGGAACUACAGUGCCAGAAGUUCAUGUUAUGGACAGUGCCCAAAGGAUUUUCUUGUUAACAACACUGAAGGGGGAACAUAGGUAUGCAGAAUCCAUGGCUGUGAUGAAAUGUCAUCUUUCAUCCCUAUUGCUAUUCCAAGGAGAUUAGAAAAACAAUCUAAGCAAAUCCCAGAUACACUGAGGGAAUCAGGCCAAGUCUAACACAGUGAGAAAGAACAGCUUCUCUGCAUUGCUGAGACACUGGAUACUAGUUUCUUUAUAACGAGGAAAAUCUAAAUUCCUAUAACGCCGAGGAUGGGGAAGGAUUAUUAUUCUAUUCUGGGAAUUGAAAAAGGGGCUUCUGAUGAGGAUAUCAAAAAGGCUUACAGAAAACAAGCGCUCAAAUGGCAUCCGGAUAAGAACAAGUCUGCUCAUGCAGAGGAAAAAUUCAAGGAGAUUGCAGAAGCUUAUGAAGUGCUCAGCGAUCCCAAGAAGAGAGACAUUUAUGAUCAGUUUGGGGAAGAAGGUCUGAAAGGAGGAGCUGGAGGGUCUGAUGGACAGGGUGGUACCUUCCGGUAUUCCUUCCAUGGUGAUCCACAUGCUACGUUUGCUGCUUUCUUUGGUGGCACAAAUCCUUUUGAGAUCUUCUUUGGAAGGAGGAUGCCUGGUGGUAGAGACACUGAAGACAUGGAGGUGGAUGGUGAUCCAUUUGGAUCGUUCACUAGUUUCAGUAUGAAUGGUUUUCCAAGAGAAAGGAAUACAGUAGGUAGCCAGUUACGUCGUAAACAAGAUCCCCCUGUAAUUCAUGAGCUUAAGGUGUCAUUGGAAGAGAUAUAUCAUGGCUGCACAAAAAGGAUGAGGAUUUCACGAAAAAGGCUGAACCCAGAUGGUAGAAGUGUCCGAACAGAAGACAAAAUUCUCACUAUUGAAAUAAAAAGAGGAUGGAAAGAAGGCACCAAAAUCACUUUUCCAAAAGAAGGUGAUGAAACACCCAACGCAAUUCCAGCUGACAUUGUUUUUAUCAUAAAAGAUAAACCUCACUCUCAUUUCAAGAGAGAUGGAUCAAAUGUUGUCUAUCCUGUUAAGAUCAGCUUAAGGGAGGCAUUGUGUGGCAGCUCUAUCAAUGUGCCAACAAUAGAAGGAAGAACCAUACCCAUGACAGUAAAUGAAGUUGUAAAGCCUGGGAUGAGAAGAAGAAUUAUAGGAUACGGUUUGCCAUUUCCCAAAAAUCCUGACCAACGUGGAGACUUAAUUAUAGAGUUUGAAGUAAUUUUUCCAGAUAACAUUUCUCCAGCAUCAAAAGAAGUACUUAGGCGGAAUCUUCCAGUUUCAUAAAACGAGGACUAUGUCAACUGUUUAAGCAGGACACUGGAAAUGCAGAAGACUGGCAAGUCUGUGCUUUAAAAGUGCAAUGUGUAACAACUAGUGGAAUAUUUGUUGUUUUUUUUUGUUUUGUUUGUGGGUUGGGUGGGGGGAAAUACUGUAAUGCUGCAUGAGAAGAGUUAAGUACAAGUCAUACAGAUGACUUCUGCAGUAUAAUUUACAGGGAAAACCACUCAUAUUUUAUAUUAGAUCUUCCUAAUCAGAAAAGCUUACUCAGUAUUUUGCUUAAUAUGAAGUGUAGUCAGUUUUUACAAAGCCAAUGCAUAUUUCUGAUAAAGUACUCAAGCCACUAAGUACUUUAUUCCUUAUUUCCCUACUCUAUCUGUAACAGAAAUGGUUUAUAUAGAAAUUGGAUGUGGUAGUAGAAAUAUACACGUGCAAAUAUUCUAAAUUACAAAACAGUAAAGAUACUAUUUGGCUUUUUGCUUUCCACUGCACGAAGCAUAGACUGGGAGAAUUGGCUUGGUCUCCUAAAUUGCCCCCCACUGAAAUGAAAGUAUUUUCUUUAUUUCAUCAGAAUGCGAGGGAUCUGCAUUACAAGUCUAGGAAAGGACAUGUAGCUUGAGGAGAAAGUAGACAUUUGUUGAGUAGUUCCUCAUGCUUCAGACAGUACAGCAAGAAAGGAUUGUACAUGUACAGCAAGUGUGGGCCCCGGUUGUUAAAUGGGGUAGGGAAACUGGGUGGCAAGUAAUGUGGAGAAGGCUGAGGUGCUCAGUGCCUUCUUUGCCUCAGUCUUUACCAGUAACACAGUCUUGACCAGGAGUCCCAGCCUCCUGAAACCAGAAGGAAAUCCUGAAACAAGGAAGGGGUAACCUCAGUGGUGGUGAACCAACACAGAGGUGCAUUUAAACUAGAUGUACAAAAGUCCAUGACACCUGGCAGGUUGCAUGCAGAAGCGCUGAGGAAGCUAAUGCCAUUGCAAGGCCUCUCAAUUAUCUUUUGAUUUGAGAAUGGUUUCUAUAGACUGGUAAGAAGCAAAUAUCACUCCUGUCUUCAAGAAAAGCUAGAGAGAAGAUAUGAAGAACUACAAGCCAGUCAGCCUUAAUGCAGUCCCUGGGAAGAUCAGAAAGAAUAUCUUCCAAAAAAGCAUAAUCAAGCACAUGGAAGACAGUAAUGUGAUUUAAGGUCAGCAUAGAUUUACAAAAUGGAAAUCAUGCAAAAUGGAAUCAUGACUUGAUUUCACUCUACAGUGAGGUGAUUAGCUUGGUGGAUAAUGGGAAAACAGUCUGUGUUCUUUACCUUGACUUUAGUAGGCAAAUUGGAAAAGUACAGGAUAGAUAGGUGAACAGUGAGAUGAAUUAAAAAGAGACUGAAUGAGUGGGCACAGGGGUUUUGUUAUCAGGGUCACAAAGUCUACUUGGAGGUAAGUCACUAGUGGUGUAUGCAGACACAGUAAUAUUCAACAUCUUUGUUAAAGACCUGGGGAAUGGAAUGGAAUGCACAUUCAGCAAGUUUGCAUGUCAUGCAGGAAUGUGAGGAGUGGCUGAUGACACCGUGUUGAUUGUGCUGGUCUUAAGAGGGGCUUUGGUGGCCCAAAACAAACAAACAAACAAACAAAAAAAUCAUACAGAAUGAAAAAACAGAGUUCAAUGGGCAAUGGGUAAAAAUCUUGCACCCCGAAGUAUUACCCAGGCACCAGUACAGUCUUGGGCUCACUGUCUGGAAGGCAGUUUUGUUGAGAAAGGACUUUGAGUUUCUGGCAGACAACAAACUGACCAUGAACUAGCAAUGUGUCCUUGCAGCAAAACAGACUAAUGGUUUCCUGGGUUGCACUGGGAAGUUUUGUGAGCAGAUUGAGGAAGGUGAUCCUUUUUCCCUGUUCCUCAUGGGUGAGGCUGCAUCUGGCAUACUGUGUCCUGUUGUGGUCACCCCAGUAGAAGGAAGACAGUGGCUUGAUGGAACAAGUCUGUGAAGGACAGAGAACUGGAACUCUUCAGUCUGGAAUGCAGAAAGCUCAGAGGAAUCUGAUGAAUGUGUACAAGUACUUGGAAGGAGGGAAUGGAAAGAAGGGAGCCAGACUCUUCUUAAUAACACCCAAUGUCAGGACAAAAAGGACAAAAGGCAUGGAGACAACGUAAUACACUUUUUUCUUUUAAUACUGUGGUCUCCAUCCCUGGAGAUCCUCAAUACUGAACUGGUCACAGCCUGGUCUAGUGACCAUACUUGAGGAGAUUUGGGUGAUCACCAGAGGUUCCUUCCAACCUGAAUGAUUGUGUACACUCACUUAAGAGCCUCUUUCAAUAGACAGUAUUAAGGACUGUGUUCUGCAAAUUAGGCUUAGCCCAAAAAUGGGUGGUGCUGAUGUGACAGCUUGAAUCCAUAGGAAAUAGUUGUGUUUUGUUUUUUGUUUUUUUUUUUUUGUGGAAAGAUGUAUAAAGAACACUGUAGAAUUGCAUAGUAGAGCAGAUAUUUAAAGAUCAUGCUGAUCUCAAGUUCAGACUUGGAAAAUAAUGCAAAUUUUUACAUUGAAGAAGGAGAAUCCCAGGUCCUAUCUAAGGAGAAGUCUGCUGAGGACAUGAUAGAAUAGGAAUUGCCCACAAACUUCUACGUGCUUGCAUCGAGUCUUUUCUGAACACAAAUAUGACUUACUUAUCUUUAGAGUUAAAAGGUGAAUAGGGAAAAGGAAAGCCCUCUGUAAUAGUCUAGUUUUGUAAUAUUGUAAUAGGGCUGGUUCCCUGGUGAAAGAAAUGCCUUGCAGAUUUGUUCUUGUUACUUGAGUUUUAAAAUAUAAUAGAGUGCUUUAGCAGCAGUUUCAAAGAAUGCUUUUCUUCGUAAGAAGAAAAUAUAUAGGAUUUGCUGUUAGCCUUUUGACAGUGGAAACUCGGUAGUUACCUGCUUUGUUAGGUAGCUUAAGAAAUAGCAGUAUUAACUUCAUAUAAACGCUUUUCUGUGGGAAAGUAAAUAAUAUGGAAGUUGGGAUUCAAGUUACGAUAGCUUUUUAAUGAGCACAAAAAAUUCCAUUUUUGUUACUCAAAGAAAUAAAACUUCUGGGAGAUACUGUUCAAAUAAUUUUUCAACUGCUGAUCUCUUUGUACAUUGUCAGUUGUAGUCCUACAACUGCAGUAGAUCUACAAGGAACAAAACAAUUGCUGGAGCAGUAUCACAAAGGGCAAACUUAGCUGCUUAAUGUUUAUGUGUAUUGUUAACACUAUAUAUUGUUUGUUUAAAGAAUUCCCAAUAUGUUCUGUAUUGCAUUUCUUAUGUGGUUUUUAAGUAAAAAGUGUAAAGUUGUUUUUUCA